CCAGUUGCUAUGGAUACGAGUGGCAACCUCUAGAAAGGAUUCGCGGUUUCAGCCAGGAAAACAGCUCCCCGGAUUAAACCGAUAGGUUUAUGUUGAUUCAGCCAACGACUCCUCUCUCCGCUGCUUAAUUGGUGCAGUUAAAAGGCCGCGUCCCUGAGCACUCGCGGGCCUUCUUGCCAUCUGUUGCACGAAGUUUGCCGAAAAAAUUAUCAAAGAAAAUAGCGAGAAUGACAGACCUCGACUGGAAUAAGAAAAGUACUUCACCUUCAAAUUCAGAUGCAGAAAUGAAGCCUGAACAAGUGCUUCCUUGUGUGAACCCUGGCAAUCCUGUGUUUUCAUGUAUGUUGGACCCAAAGACACUGUGUACAGCUACCUCACUAUCAAAACCACAGAUGAUUAUGUAUAAAACCAAUUCAAGUCAUUAUGGUGAAUUUUUACCUGUGCCACAGUUUUUUCCCUGCAAUUAUACUCCAAAGGAGCAAGUAUUUUCAACUCAAAUCAGGGCAACUGGAUUUUAUCAAAACAACACUCUAAAUACUGCACCUGACAGAACAAGAACCCUUGAUUUUCCUAAUUUUCAACACACUCUAUGAAAAUAUACUCUUUUGCAUAUUUAAGACAAAAUAUACUCAGGAAAAAGAAUUUUAAAUUUAAGGCUAGAAUACCUAAUUAAGAAUAUAAAAAUUUUGCAUCCAUUUAAAAAUACCAUUUAAGAAAUAAAGCAUUUCAACUGAUA